AUGGAAGUGGGGUUACGGGCUGUCCGCGGCCCAGACUGGAAAUGGGGUAAUCAGGAUGACGGAGAGGGUCAUGUAGGCACAGUGGUGGAGAUAGGAAAGCCAAGUAGUUCCACUUCUCCAGAUAAAACUGUUGUAGUUCAGUGGGAUUCUGGAGCUCGCACUAAUUAUAGAGUGGGUUAUCAGGGUGCCUAUGACCUUCGAGUUCUGGACAAUGCCCCAACAGGUGUAAAGCAUCCUAACAUUAUUUGUGAUGGCUGUAAGAAGCAGGGAAUCCAGGGGAUGAGAUGGAAGUGCACCAAGUGUCAUGACUUUGACCUCUGUACAGAGUGUUACAUGUCUGAUAAACAUGACCUUGGCCACGCCUUUCUCAGGUUUGAGACGUCACCAUCUAAAGGAGUGAAGAUGCCAAAAAGGAAAGAUAGUGUAAACAGCAACAAAAUCCAAUCCUGGGGAAUCUUCCCAGGUGCCAGGGUUUUACGUGGCCCUGACUGGGACUGGGCUAACCAGGAUGGCGGAGAAGGAAAAAUAGGCAAGGUGACAGAUAUACGAGGUUGGGACUCCGAAUCAGGGAGAAGUGUCGCCCAUGUUACAUGGACUUCUGGGUCUACCAAUGUUUACCGUGUAGGACACAAGGGUAAAGUGGACCUGAAAUACAUCAGUGCUGCCAAUGGACCAUCUUACUACAAGGAGCACCUUCCUGUUCUGGGAGAGUUCCCUGAUAUAGUGACAUCAGGAGGUGUGCAGUGUCAGUUCAAGGUCGGAGACAAGGUUAAGGUUGACCUUGAAGCAGAUAUCCUGAAGGCUAUGCAGGAAGGUCAUGGUGGCUGGAACCCACGUAUGGCAGAGUACAUUGGCAAGAUAGGUUCUGUCCAUCGAAUCACAGACCGAGGAGAUGUAAGGGUUCAGUAUGAAGGAUGUAGUAACCGGUGGACAUUUCAUGCGGGAGCCUUGACCAAGGUGCACUUGUUUGCUUUAAAUGAUAUUGUUAAGAUAUCACAGGACAUACACAUUGUAAAGGAACUACAGAAGGGUCAUGGCGAGUGGUCAGAAAACAUGCGACCGGCCCUUGGGAAGACGGGUCGUGUGCUGAAGGUCUAUCCAGAUGGGGACCUAAGAGUGUCUGUGUCUGCUGGUCAGACAUGGACCUUGAACCCUGCCUGCUGUACACUAGCUCAGCAUUCACAUUCAAAUGUUAACAACACCAACGGAGCUGCACCUGAGAGGGAGGAGGCAUCAGGGGCGAGUUUGACAUCCCUAUUGGAACAGCUAAUGGAAAUAAAAUCCUUGGACUCAGGACCAGACAGACUAGUGAGGGAGGCUGCUCAAGGUCACACUGAUAUCGUCAGGGAGAUUGUCAGUAAACAUCCAGAUAAGGUGGACAUGAAAAGUUCAGGUAAGACAGCUCUACAGGUGGCCAGUCAUCAAGGACACACAGAAAUUGUACAGAUUCUGCUUCAUGCUGGAGCCAACCUCGAGCUCCAGGACGAAGAUGGAGACUCUGCUCUCCACUACUCAGCAUUUGGGAACCAGGCGGAAGUAAUGCGUCUACUAUUGAGACAGAAUGUUCAUAUUAACUCUCUAAACAAUGGUGGCUGUAGUACUCUUCAUGUGGCCGUGAACAAACAGCAUGUUGACUGUGUUAAAAUUCUUCUCUCACAUGAUCAAUGCAAUGUGAACAUACAGGAUUCAUAUGAAGACACUGCCCUACACGAUGCGAUUGGUAAAGAGAACCGGGAGAUUAUUGAACUGCUGGUGAAUGUUAAUGUGAUUGAUUUCACACUAAGAAACAAGAGAGGAUUUAAUGUGCUACAUCACGCUGCACUUAAAGGAAACAACUUUGCAACAGAGAAAAUUCUUACUAAAUGUCGACAAAUAGUAGAUAUAAAGAAAGAUGAUGGAUUUUCUGCCCUUCACCUUGCCGCUCUAAAUGGACAUAAGGAGGUGACAAAUACACUUAUAACACAGGGUCAUGCAGAUAUAGAGAAUCGUAAUAACCGACAACAGACCCCUCUGUUACUGGCCGUGUCUCAGGGCCACACUUCUAUCAUUGAGCUCCUAGUGGUAUGUGGAGCAGAUGUCAACGUGAUGGACGAGGAUGGUGACACAUGCCUCCAUCUUGCCCUUAUGAGACAGACUGUUGCCACGGAGAAGGAAAAUAGUCCAAUGUUGGAUGCUAUUCGCGUCCAGCUAGGCAUGACAGAAGACGAUGAACAAAUGGGGCCAGCAAUUGCUUGUUAUCUUGCUCAGCAAGGAGCGAAACUCACACAGAAAAACCACCAGGGCAAGACUCCUAUGGAUGUUAUCAGUGACCAACGCACAGAGGAUCUGAUAAAACAGUUCGCCACAUCAAAUGCUUCUGGGUCAAGGUCUGAGAUGCAGUCAGCCGGCGAUGGAGAUAUUGAAUGUGUAGUGUGUUCAGAACAAAUGGCAUGCAUCAAGUUUCUACCCUGUGAACACAUGAUCACUUGUCAGGAAUGUAGUGUAAAACCAAAGCGUUGUCUGACUUGUAAAGUCAACAUUGAAGCCAAAGUCUCCAAAGAUGGAUCAAAACUACAGAUUCAUGGUAAUUCUCGUUCGACGGACUCGGAAUCAAAUGUACUACAGCGCCGCCUACAGGAGAUGGAGGAGAACAUCUUGUGUACGAUUUGUAUGGAACGACGACGGGACAUGGUCUUUCUGUGUGGUCACAGUGUCUGCAACAAGUGUGGAGAGGCACUCAAAAUCUGUCACAUGUGUCGUAAAACUAUCACCAAAAAAAUCACUAUCUACAGUUAA